AUGGCGCGCCGUCCCGCUCGUUGCUACCGAUACUGCAAGAACAAGCCGUAUCCCAAGUCUCGGUUCAACCGUGGUGUCCCCGACCCCAAGAUCCGAAUCUUCGAUCUCGGCCGAAAGCGCGCCAACGUCGAUGACUUCCCUCUCUGCAUUCACCUCGUUUCCAACGAGUAUGAGCAGCUGAGCUCUGAGGCUCUUGAGGCCGCCCGUAUUUGCGCCAACAAGUACCUGGUCAAGAACACCGGUAAGGAGGGUUUCCACCUCCGAGUCCGUGCUCACCCUUUCCACGUCGUCCGUAUCAACAAGAUGUUGUCUUGUGCCGGUGCCGAUAGACUGCAGACCGGUAUGCGUGGUGCCUGGGGUAAGCCCAACGGCACUGUCGCCCGUGUCAACAUUGGCCAGAUUCUCAUGAGCGUCCGCACUCGUGAUGCUAACCGUGCCAUCGCUCUCGAGGCCCUCCGCCGAUCUCAGUACAAGUUCCCUGGCCGACAAAAGAUCAUUGUCUCCAAGAACUGGGGCUUCACUCCUCUCCGACGUGAGGAGUACCUUGACAAGAAGGCUGCCGGCCGCGUCAAGGUCGACGGUGCUUACGUCCAGUUCCUCUCCAACCACGGUUCUCUUGAGCGCAACAUCCGUCGUUUCCCCGACGCUUUCAAGUCUGAGGCUUAA